GAACGCCAGCCAUUCUAUGUUUUACUUGUAAUGAUUGAUGCUGCCUGCUGUGUAUACCUUAUUCUGGCUACAUCGCUCGGCUGCCAUGAUUAUUUCGGUGAAUUUGCCUUGAAAUAUUUUCCCAGUGUAUUUCCGUUCACACACACGCGAGCCCCUCCGCGUGCAUAGGCUCGCGACCAGCUGUGCGUCGCUGCCUCCGGUUGAACGGCGGCACGCACGAGGAUGGCACUGCGUUGGACGGUCUCCUGAAUCCGUCCUCGGUGGUCUAUUAAGAUUUUUAAUUAGCCCAUAACAUAUAUUUGACAUUUACACCUCGGAGCAACGAUGAAGCCUCAGUUAUGAUCGUUAAAAAGCGAUUCAGGUUUGACGACCUCUGAUCCUAUCGGCUCCAAGGCCAGUCAGGUGGCCAAUCAGGCGCCAGCCAGACUAACUGAGGAGGGGGACCAGCAGUGAGACUGGGAGACCCUCACACCACACUGACACAGCUUCACCUCUCUCCCUGCAUCAGCAGCACCAUGUCAAUACCCAGCAGUAGUCCAGAGAGAGAGGGCUCUGGUGGGGCUCCCCCUCAGCUAGAGUGCCCUUCUUCCCCUUCUGGCAUGGACGCAGACCCCCCAUCAACAGGCAGCCCAGUGCUCAGCCCAGACUCAUCUUCCCAUGAUGCAGUGCUCUCAGCACCAGCAGUAUCACCGGCAGACUCUGAGAACUUGAGUCCUGAUGAACUGGAGCUGCUGGCCAAAUUAGAGGAACAAAACAGGUUGCUGGAGGCUGAUUCCAAGUCUAUGAGGUCAAUGAGUGGCUCACGGCGCAACAGCGGCUCCUCACUGGUGUCCAGCUCUUCAGCUUCAUCUAACCUGUCACACCUGGAAGAGGAUACCUGGAUCCUGUGGGGCCGCAUCGUCAAUGAGUGGGAAGAGUGGAGGCGCAAAAAGGAUAAACUUCUGAAGGAGCUGAUCAGGAAAGGCAUCCCUCAUCAUUUCAGGGCCAUUGUCUGGCAGCUGCUGGGCAAUGCCACCGACAUGCCGGUGAAGAACCAGUACUCUGAGCUGUUGAAAAUGUCGUCCCCCUGUGAGAAACUAAUCCGCAGAGACAUUGCCCGCACCUACCCCGAACACGAGUUCUUCAAAGGCCAGGACAGUCUGGGUCAGGAAGUCCUCUUCAAUGUCAUGAAGGCGUACUCUCUAGUGGAUCGAGAAGUGGGCUACUGCCAAGGCAGCGCGUUCAUCGUCGGGCUGCUGCUUAUGCAGAUGCCCGAAGAGGAGGCGUUCUGCGUGUUUGUGCGUCUGAUGCAGGAGUAUCGUCUGAGGGAGCUGUUCAAACCCAGCAUGGCUGAGCUGGGCCUCUGCAUCUACCAGUUUGAGUAUCUACUACAGGAGCAGCUUCCAGAACUGAAUGUCCAUUUCAGAUCCCAGAGUUUCCACACGUCUAUGUACGCCUCAUCCUGGUUCCUCACCCUCUUCCUCACCUUCCUCCCCCUGCCCGUUGCCACGCGUAUCUUUGAUAUUUUCAUGUAUGAGGGUCUAGAGAUUAUCUUCCGUGUGGGCCUGGCUAUUCUGCAGUACAACCAGACUGACCUCAUUCAGCUUGACAUGGAGGGCAUGUCACAGCAUUUCCAGAAGGUGAUCCCCCAUCAGUUUGACAGCUGCCCAGACAAGCUGAUCCUCAGAGCCUACCAGGUCAAAUACAACCCCAAGAGGAUGAAGAAACUAGAAAAAGAAUAUACCACAAUCAAAAACAAAGAAAUGGAGGAGCAAAUUGAGAUCAAGAGGUUACGCACAGAAAACAGGCUGCUUAAGCAAAGGAUUGAGACAUUAGAGAAGGAGAGUGCUGCUCUGGCAGACAGACUGAUACAGGGUCAGGUGACAAGGGCUCAGGAAGCAGAAGAAAACUAUGUGAUCAAGAGGGAGCUGGCGGUGGUGAGGCAACAGUGCAACACAGCCAGCGAGAGCCUCGAGAAAGCACAGGAUACCAUCAGAGAGCUGCAGCAACAGAGGUACACAGAGCAGUUUGUGAACAGUUUGCAAACUGAGCUGGAACAAUCCAGACUGCACGAGGCUGAACUGUUGGGGGCACUGAAGGAAAUGCAAGACAAGGUGCUUGACCUGGAAAAGAGGAGCAGUUGCCUGCCUGAUGAGAACAACAUGGUGGCUCUGCAGGAAGAAGUGAAACAGAUGAAGCUUCGGGAGCUGGAGACGCUGCGUUCAUUCAGAGAGAUGCAGGAUGCUGUGACUGAUCUUAACCAGCGCUGGCAGCAUCAUAUGUCUCGCGGCAGCAGCACGGGCAGUGGAGGCGGCCACUGGAAGGAAUCGCCAAAGAAGAAUGCCAUGAAUGAGCUUCAGGACAAACUGAUGACGGUCAGACUGAGGGAGGCUCAGGCUCAGGCUGAGCUCAGAGAGGUCAAACUUAAAGCCCUGCAGCUGGAGAGCCAGAACCAGAUUCACAGUAAACUGAUUGGUCGUCAUGAGCAGGAGCGCUCUGCCCUCCAGGACCGGCUCCAGAUGUUGUCAAAUCAGAACAAAGCUCUCCAGACCCAACUCAAUGAGAUGAAAAGGAAGCAGGCUGAGUCCGACUGCAAGAGUAAAGAGGAGGUGAUGGCAGUGAGACUGAGAGAAGCAGACAGUAUGGCUGCCAUGGCUGAACUCCGACAGAAGAUAGCUGAACUGGAGAUACAGAAAGAAGAAGGACUGAUCCAGGGCCAGCUGAACCACUCAGACUCCAGACAGUACAUCACCCAGCUCCGGGACCAGAUCGCUGAGCUCAAGAAUGAGGUCAGGCAGUUGCGAGGGCAGAAGGCGGCCCCCAGCUCCAGGGUCAGCAGCGGCAGUGGGAGUAACAACUACCAGGACCUGUGCCUGACCAGCCCCGCCUCCGCCGAGGGCGACUACCUGAGCUCAGACGACGACCUCCUCCCGAGCCCGCUGCCUGCCAACGCCCUUUACCCCGGUUUGGCCAACCCGUGUCACCCAUCCACACGUCUGGACAGUGAAGGCAGCACCGACAGCGAGACGGAGGAGCGAGUGCGGACACAUCCAGACCCACAGCAGCUGUACGGCAGCAUGGUGUGUGCCGAGGCGCUGGAUAACUGAGUCUGGAUAAGGAAAUGGUGCGAUAGAUCCAUGAGACUUCUUAGACCUAAAGAGAUGCUGGAACUCUCCAAGACCAGACUCCCACUACUGUAAACUGGAACUUGAUUAUCCAAUUGUCCUUUUCCAGUGUUUACCUUUUACUUGAUGCAGACAUAGUGGCAGUGACUGGACCUCCUCUGAUCAUCACUACAUGUUGUCUUUGCUCCGGUUUCUGUCUCCACCAUUGUGAUCCCAUCCUCGCAAUGUCCGAUCCUGUGCAACCUGAGAUUACCAUGAAGCCUCUGCCCUCGUGUGUAACUGCAGCAGAAUCAAAGAGCAUUUCCGCACUGAUACAUAUCCAUCUCAGCUCCCAAACAAACUAAAAUGGACCGAAACUCGACCAGCAAUAGCACUGCUGCUCGCCGCUUAUAAUCACCCACUGGACCUGAAUCUGUGACUGUGAUGAGGAGUCAAAUAUGGGUAGACAGGUAGAUCAUGACUCUCUCUCUCUUCCUGUAAACUGAGAAAUAGUCCCACUGUAUGCACUGUCUACCCUUCAAUAACACACUCCUUCCACAUCUUGGCCACAUCUUUCUCCCUCUUCUCCCUUUUUAUGCCUCUCAUUAGGACUACACAUCCAUCCUCACUGCCUUCAGAAAAAAACUCCAACCAUCCAUUCACAUGUAGGCCAAGAGAUUUAAAAAAUAUAUUAAAAAAAAAAAGUAUGAGAAGGAGAGGCGGGUGUAGGAAUAUGUACACAUCAGUAUCAUAGGGAUGUCACAAGACGGCAUUUACAGUAUAAAUGAAUCAUGAACACUUUACUAUAUUAAAUAUGUGUGUUGUUUUUGUCUGUGGCUUGCAAAUGACAAAAAGCCAAGCGAGUUAAUACCAACCAUAUUCGCCCAUAAAAAGAAGGACAGAAGAAACUCAAUGUUGCCAAAUCUUUGUUUUUGUUGUUUUAAUUAUUUAUACGUUGUAAUUUAUUUUGAUAUUUUUUUAUGUUUUAUAUAUCUAUAUGAAAAUAUAGAAGUGCAGAGAUACCAACAGAGGCCAAACGUUCUAUAUUUGUUCAUUUUCCACCGUCUUUUGUGCCAACUCGAGCCCUGAGGCUGUCGUACAGGUUUACUGUGACGGAGUGUUUCAGAGACAGAAAAUGUGCUGCUAUGAUUUUACAUUUAUGUCUUUCAUUUUGAUCCCUUUUUUUAUUACUUUUGUGAAUCUGUUGAAGGCAAAUAUUCAACCUCUUGUUUACUUUGCAGAAGGUAAAGUGUGCCGACACAUCAAAUCUAAAAAGUGAGGACUAUAAAGUAAUGGGAGCAAUGUGUAAAUUAAGGGAAUAGUUGAACAUUUUUCAGAAAUAUUAAGCUAAAUGAGAACAUCAGAAACAUUCUUCUGUCUUUAUACUUUAAGCAUGUGUGAAAGCUUAGUUUAACCCCAUAAACCAUGUGUCUUACAACAUGUAUGGUGUUCAUUUAAAAGCAAAUCUCUGGAUGAAAAGAACACAUUUCCAAAAAUGUAAAACUAUUCCUUUAGUGUCAUAUAAGUGAGUUUAUCCAGGUUAAAGGUGUUGAUCUUUAAUCACCAGUUCAUAUCAUCAUCUGAUGGUUACAAACGCAGCAUGUGGGUGACUGGAAGUGAAGGGAGUCGUUCAUAUUGUAAGGAUGCUUUUAUCAGGACUGGAGAGUGUUGGAGGAAAUUAUUUUACAUAUCAAACAGUAUAUUCUCUUGAGGAAAAAAAAAUAGCAUAUGGUGUAUUGAGAAAUAUGAACUAUACAGUGAGACGGACAAAAGUAUGUAGAUGAAGUAUAAAGCUGUAUCACUGUCAGUGGGGUCUUACUGAAUAUGGGUGUAGAUGAUCUAACAGGGUGUCAUAUGUACAGAGCAGUGAGCGCUGCUUUUUGCACUACAGAGGAAGAGAAAUGUGCUGCUCAUGAUAUGAAGUAGAAAGAGAUGGUGUGAAGUAACAGCUACGUGGUCGGAUCAGUUUGUGAACUUCGACAUGAGCACGUACUUUUCUCAAAGGUUAUAUGUUCAGGUUCUGUAUUACACUGAAGUUUUGUUUUCGUUAAGAAGAAUUGAACCAUCUGAAUCUGGCUGCAACUCAGAAGAAGUAUUUAAAGUAAAAGCAAAACAAAAAAAAAAAGGUCUCUAAGAAAUAAGGGAAUUCCUCCUCUGGUAAUUACCAUCAAUGAGCUAAAGAGGAUGUGAGUUUGCCCACCAUACUGUUGCAAUUAACAGCUUUUUAGUGGUCACUGGUGAGUGUAACAACUGAAAUCUGUACACAGAAAUCACAGUUGGAUAUUGUCACACCAAACAAGUGUUUUGCAAGUGGCAGUGUGGAAUGCUGUGUGAUAUUUAGACCCUUAGAUCCACUCACUUUGGGUCUUUCCUUGUUAAUAUUUUGACUGUUAUUCUCAUUAGAUACUGUCCAUUCCUGAUUUUCUUUCAGCAUUAAGUAUUCGCAGCAUUUGCCAUAACCACAAAGUGGUUUUUAGUCUUCAUUACUGGCAGUUUCCAUGACACAUCUUAAUUAUUAAAACAUUUUGAAGAGACCUAAUCUUUUAGAGGAAUGACCAAAUCUGCCAGUAGU